GUCGACCAAUGAGCUGUCGCGCUGAACGCGCAAAAUUUGAAAUUUAUCAGGAAACGGUUUCGGUUUUCAGUCAGUCAGUGAAUCAGUCAGUCAGUGAGCGAUGUUCAUCUAAACGAGAUUUAUUUCUUUUAUUACUUCAAAUAUUCUCACAUGAACAUUUGUGAUGUUGAAGUUUAAGUAUGGAGGUCACAGCAGUGUUAAAGAUCUGGCGGCAGGCGACUCCAUCACAAGCCGCUGCGCUCGACUCAAUCAGCUGCUGCAGGGGAAGUGCAGUGUGUCGGGCUCUGCAGGAGUGAACGGAGUGACCAGAGAAGGACUGAUUGAUGCCUUGCUGCUGCUCUAUCAAGAGUGCGCCACCCCGGAGCUCAUGAAGAUCAAACAUGUGGCCAACUUUGUCAAUAAAUAUUCUGAAGUGGUGGCUGAAGUUCAGGAACUGCUCCCUGGUAAGAGGGAUUUUGAAGUGAGGGGGAUCGUGGGAAGGGGACACUUCUCUGAGGUGCAGGUCGUGAAGGAGAGAGCGACGGGAGAUAUGUACGCCAUGAAGAUCAUGGAGAAAACCAGCCUGCGUUCUCAGGACCAGGUGGCGUUCUUUGAGGAGGAGAGAACCAUCCUGGCCUUGAACUCCAGUCCCUGGAUCCCUCAGCUUCAACACGCUUUCCAGGACCAGGACCACGUCUAUCUGGUGAUGGAGUAUCUGCCCGGCGGUGACCUCAUGGCUUUGAUGAACAGAUAUGAAGAUCAGUUAGACGAGUCGAUGGCUCAGUUUUACCUGGCGGAGCUCGUUCAGGCCAUUCACACGGUCCAUCAGAUGGGAUACGUUCACAGAGAUAUUAAACCAGAGAAUGUUCUGAUCGACCGCACGGGUCACAUUAAACUGGCCGACUUCGGAUCGGCAGCCAGACUGACGGCUAACAGAACGGUGACGUGCUCCAAACUCCCGGUGGGAGACUUCCUGGCCCCUGAGAUCCUGUCCGCACUCAACGGAGGGACGACUUGCAGCUACGGCCCCGAGAGCGACUGGUGGUCCCUGGGCGUCAUCGCUUAUGAAAUGAUCUACAUGAAAUCGCCCUUCGCUGACGGCACGUCCACAAAAACCAUCAACAACAUCAUGAACUUUCAGCGUUUUCUGAAGUUCCCAGAGGAACCUAAAGCCAGUGCUCAGUUUGUCGACCUGCUCCAGAGUUUGUUAUGUGGAUCACGGGAGCGUCUGGGAUACGAAGGCCUGCGGUCGCAUCCGUUCUUUUCCUCCAUUGACUGGACUAACCUGAGACACGCGCUCCCUCCGUUUGUUCCGUCUCUGCGUUCCGAGGAUGACACCUCCAAUUUCGAGGAGCCCGAGAGGCCCCUGCGCCCCUCCACCGCUGCCCAGCGGGAUCAUCCUCGCUCAGGCUUCCACGGACGAGACCUGCCCUUUGUAGGGUGGUGCUUCAGUCGGGCUCUGACCGCACUGGCCAAGUCUGAAUCGGUUGGCGCCGGGCUCAACUCUCCUGCCAAGACCAACUCCAUGGAAAAAAAACUUCACCUCAAAAGCAAAGAACUGCAAGACACUCAAGACAAAUGUCACAAGAUGGAGCAGGAGAUCUCGCGGUUUCAGCGUAAGAUGACUGACCUGGAGUCAGUCCUCCAGCAGAAGGAUGUGGAGCUCAAAGCCUCCGAGACCCAGAGGAGCAUCCUGGAGCAGGACCUCGCCACCUACAUCACCGAAUGCAGCAGUCUGAAGCGCAGUCUGGAACAGGCUCGUGUUGAAGUGUCACAGGAAGAUGAUAAAGCUCUCCAGCUCCUCCAUGACAUCAGAGAGCAGAGCAACAAACUCCAGGAGAUCAAGGAGCAGGAGUAUCACGCUCAGCUGGAGGAGAUGCAGGUGACCAUCAGACAGCUGGAGGAGGAUCUGUCUGCCGCCCGCCGCCGCAGCGACCUGUACGAGACCGAGCUGCGAGAGUCACGACAGACCAGCGAAGAGCUGAAGAGGAAAGCGGCCGAAUACCAGCAGAGGAUCCAGAAGGCGAAGGAGCAGGGGAAAGCGGAGGUGGAGGAGCUGCUCUCUAAACUCGAGAAGACGAACGGCGAACAGCAGCUGAAGAUCCAGGAGCUGCAGGAUAAACUCUCAAAGGCGGUGAAGGCGAGCACUGAAGCCACGGAGCUGCUGCAGAACAUCCGUCAGGCCAAAGAGCGUCUGGAGCGAGAACUGGAGCGUCUGCGCUGUAAAUCUGACCCCAGUGACACACUGCGCAGACGCCUGCGAGAGACCGAGGAGGGCAGAAAGACUUUGGAAAACCAAGUGAAGCGUCUGGAGAUGGUGGAGCGUCGAGAGAAUAAACUGAAGGACGACAUCCAGACUAAAUCCCAACAGAUCCAACAGAUGGCUGAGAAGAUACUGGAGCUGGAGGAGAACUUGCGGGAGACGCAGGCGACGGCGCAGAGGAUGGAAGCACACCUGGUGCAGAAAGAGCGGCUUUACGAGGACAAAAUCAAGGUUCUGGAGGCUCAGAUGAAGGCGGAUCUGGCUGAUAAAGAGAGUCUGGAGCAGAAACGAGCUCAACACGAGGAAGAGGCGCGUGAGAAAUGCAAACUCAUCAGUGAGCAGAAAGCAACCAUCAACGCCAUGGACAAUAAGAUGAAGAGUCUGGAGCAGCGGAUCGCUGAGCUCUCCGAGGCCAAUAAACUGGCGGCCAACAGCAGCAUUUACACACAGAAAAACAUGAAAGCUCAGGAGGAGAUGAUCUCAGAGCUGCGGCAGCAGAAGUUUUACCUGGAGUCUCAGGCGGGAAAACUAGAAGCUCAGAACGCCAAACUAGAGGAACAUCUGGAGAAGAUGAGCCAACAGGAACAGAGCAGGAAGAGCCGCAUUUUGGAGCUGGAGACCAGACUGAGAGAGAUGGGUCUAGAGCAUGAGGAGCAGAAGCUGGAGAUCAAGCGUCAGGUGACGGAGCUUACGCUGUCACUACAGGAGAGAGAAUCUCAGAUCAGCAGCCUGCAGGCCGCGCGACACGCGCUGGAGAGCCAGUUACAGCAGGCCAAGACUGAACUGGAGGAGACGACGGCCGAGGCCGAGGAGGAGAUCACUGCACUGAGAGCCCACAGAGAUGAGAUUCAACGCAAGUUUGACGCGCUGAGGGACAGCUGUUCGGUGAUCACAGACCUGGAGGAGCAGUUGACCCAGCUGACCCAGGAGAACGCAGAGCUGAACCGGCAGAACUUCUACCUGUCCAAACAGCUGGACGAGCUGACGGUGGAGAACGAGGAACAACAGCAGCUCAGUCAGGACGUGGACCGUCUGCGCAGAGAGGUGGCCGACAGAGAGAUGCACCUCAACAACCAGAAACAGAACAUCGAGACCCUGAAGACCACGUGCAGCAUGCUGGAGGAGCAGGUUGUGGAGCUGGAGAGUCUGAACGAUGAGCUCCUGGAGAAGGAAAGACAGUGGGAAAACUGGAGAUCCACCCUGGAGGACGAGAAGAACCAGGCGGAGCGCAGGACCCGAGACAUGCAGAGACUGCUGGACAACGAGAAGCAGAACAGGUUGCGAGCGGACCAGCGCAGUACAGAGUCUCGGCAGGCGGUUGAACUGGCCGUACGGGAACACAAGGCCGAGAUCGUGGCUUUGCAGCAGGCCCUGAAAGAGCAGAGACUGAAAGCAGAAAGUCUGUCUGAUACUCUCAAUGACCUGGAGAAGAAACAUGCCAUGUUAGAGAUGAAUGCAAGGAGCCUCCAGCAGAAACUUGAGACGGAGAGAGAACUCAAACAAAGACUCAUGGAAGAGCAAGGGAAACUGCAGCAGCAGAUGGACCUGCAGAAGACUCAUAUCUUCAGACUGACGCAGGGGCUGCAGGAUGCGCUGGACCAGACCGACCUGCUCAAGACGGAAAGAACCGACCUCGAGUACCAGCUAGAGAACAUCCAGGCCGUCUACUCUCACGAGAAAGUGAAAAUGGAGGGAACCAUCUCACAGCAGACCAAACUCAUCGACUUCCUGCAGGCCAAGAUGGACCAACCAAGCAAGAAGAAGAAGGGUAUAUUCGGUCGUCGUCGUGAGGAGGUGGGCGUCACUGCUAACGGUGCCACCGCCGUGUCGUCUCAGCCCGCCAUGCCUCUCCAGUACAGCGACAUGAAGUCGGCGCUGGAGAAAGAGAGAUCGCGCUGCUCGGAGCUGGAGGAGGCGCUGCAGAAGAUGAGGAUCGAGCUGCGCUCCUUACGGGAAGAGGCGGCUCAUUUUAAAGCGCAGGAGCACGUGGCUCCGUCCACGCCGGCGUCGGCCCGUCAGCAGAUCCUCAUGUCAGCCAUCGUGAAGUCUCCGGAGCGGCAGCCCAAUCCCAGCAGCCUCCUGAACCCGUCCACCUCGGCCCGUCGCAAAGAGAGCUCCACGCCGGAGGAGAAGAGGAGGGUGACGUUCGAAAAGUACGGCCGGCGUGUGAAGGAACGAAUGCACCACAACAUCCCUCAUCGCUUCACAGUGGGGCUGAACAUGAGGGCGGCAAAAUGUGCUGUCUGUCUGGAUACUGUUCACUUCGGCCGACAAGCUGCAACGUGCCUGGAGUGUCGUACUCUCUGCCACCCCAAGUGUUCUCCGUGUCUGCCCGCGACCUGCGGUCUUCCUGCGGAGUUCGCCUCACACUUCACAGAGGCUCUGUGUCGAGAUAAAGCCAGCUCACCCGCCCUGCAGGUCAAAGAGGCGUCGGGUCACGUGCGUCUGGAGGGCUGGAUGAAGCAGCCCAGGAAUGGUAAGAGGGGGCAGCAGGGCUGGGAGAGGAAGUAUGUGGUUCUCGACGGGACUAAAGUAUCGAUCUACGAGUCCGAGCCAUCAGAAGACUCAGUGAAGCCGCAGGAGGAGUUUGAGUUGUGUUUGCCGGACGGUGAGGUGACGGUACAUGGAGCCGUCGGAGCCUCUGAACUCAUUAACACGGCUAAAUCAGAUAUCCCGUACGUGCUGAAGCUGGAGUCUCAUCCUCACACCACGUGUUGGCCGGGCCAGUCUCUGUACUUCAUGGCUCCCAGUUUCCCAGAUAAGCAGCGCUGGGUGGCUGUUCUGGAGUCAGUGGUCGCCGGCAGCAGAGGAUCCCGGGAGAAAACCGAAGCGGACGCGGCCGGUGUUAAACGUCAGAAGACUCUCUCGCCGCUGGUUCAGAAGCUGCUGGGAAACUCUCUGCUGAAGCUGGAGGGAGACGAUCGGCUGGAUAUAAACUGUACUUUACCCCUGACGGACCAGAUCGUGCUGGUGGGCUCAGAGGAGGGUCUGUAUGCCCUGAACGUCAUCAAGAACUCGCUCACACACAUCCCGGGACUCGACUCGGUGUUCCAGAUACAGAUACUGAAAGAGCUCGACAAACUGCUCAUGAUCACCGGUGAGGAGCGCGCUCUGUGUCUGGUGGACAUUAAGCGGGUGAAACAGUCUCUGGCUCAGUCUCAUCUGCCGGCGCAGCCUGAUCUCAGUCCCUACAUCUUUGAGGCGGUGAAGGGCUGCCAUCUCUUUGCUUCUGGAAAGAUUGACUCUGGCAUGUGUAUCUGUGCCGCGAUGCCCAAUAAAAUCACCAUCCUGCGCUUCAACGACGCGCUCAACAAGUUCUGCAUCAGAAAGGAGAUCGAGACGUCCGAACCCUGCAGCUGCAUUCACUUCACAGGUUACAGCAUCAUCAUCGGCACCAAUAAGUUCUAUGAGAUUGAGAUGAAGCAGUACGUUCUGGAAGAGUUUCUGGAUAAGAACGACGUGACGUUGGCCUCGGCUGUGUUCGCCGCCUCCUCCCACAGUUUCCCCAUCUCCAUCAUCCAGGUGUCCAGCGCGCCGCAGAAAGUCGAGUAUCUGCUCUGCUUCCACGAGUUUGGAGUGUUUGUGGACGCCUACGGCCGCAGGAGUCGCAGCGAUGACAUCAAAUGGAGCCGCCUGCCUCUGUCCUUCGCGUACAGAGAGCCGUACCUGUUUGUCACGUACUUCAACUCUCUGGACGUCAUCGAGGUUCAGAGUCACUCUGCGCUCGGGCCACAUGCUUACGCACACCUGGACAUUCCCAACCCACGUUACCUGGGUCCCGCCAUCUCGUCCGGCGCCGUGUAUCUGGCCUCGUCCUACCAGAACAAGCUGCGUGUCAUUUGCUGCAAAGGCAAUCUGAGCCAAGAGGGAUCGAGCGCAGAACCACAGAGAAACGGCUCCACCCGCAGCCCAAACAAGCGCGGUCCUCCGUCCUACAACGAGCACAUCUCCAAGCGUCUGGCCGCCAUGCCCGCCGUACAGGAGGGACUCCACCAGCCCGGGACGCCCCACCGCUACCGCGAGGCUCGCACAGAGUUCCGGCGGGACAAGUCGCCCGCGCGCCCCCUCGACAGAGAGAAGUCGCCGGGCCGGCUGGAGAGGUCGCCCGGGAGGAUGAUGGACCCUCGGCUGGACCGUUCGCCGGGCCGCGUCAUGGACCUGCGCAGGGAGAGGUCGCCCGGCCGGGCGUUUGAGGAGCCCCGUCAGAGACUGCACACGGGAUCGGCACGAACGCCCAUCAACACUGUUAACAAGCAGGUGUGGGAUCAGUCGUCGGUGUAAGUGACGUCUUCAGAAGAACCACACACAGGAAGCACGUGUCAUCAGAUCCCGUAUGGAUGUGGGAAAUUCACAGCACAACGUCCCGCACCACAUGACCACACAGAUCUGGCCAGCGUUUACUAGUGCUAACAUUUCUAAACAACACUAACACACAGACGGGAGGACGGGAGUUUUGCCUGUUGUUUGUCUUGAUUUUCCUGUCCUUUCUCUUUUUACUUCCUUCUGUUUCUGAUGGAAGCUUGUUUCUGCCACAGAAUACAAAAAUAAGACUUUUUAAUCUUACAAUUCUGACCUUUUCUCACAAUUGCAAGUUUAUAUCUUUCAUUUGCAAGUUAUAAACUCGUUAUUGUUUGAGUUUACAUCUCGUAAUUCUGAGUUUACACUUCACAAUUUAUACUUCUUUUUCUUCCAACAUGGAAAAAGAGAAUUAAAUAGGCAUUUUUUUUCACAAUUCUGACUUUUUUUCUCACAAUUGCAAGGAAAAAAUAAAUUCAAAAUUGUCAGAUAAAACAUCUUGCAAUUCUGGCUUCUUCUUUUUUCACAGAAUUUUAAAAAAUGUUAUUUUUAAAAUUCAGACUGUCCUCAGAAUUACGAGUUUAUAUCUCACAAUUCUGAAUUUCGGGAAAAAAUGAGUGUGAGAUAAAGCCGCAAUUACCUUUUUUAUUUUUUUAUUCCAUAGUUAAAAGAAAAAAAACAGAAUUGCGAGAUCUUAGAACUCAGAGAAAAGAUAUAAACUUGCAAUUGUGAGGAAAUAGUCUGAAUUGUGAAAUUAAAAUAACAUUUACCUUCUAUUUGAAGUUAUAAACUCAUUAUUGUGAGUUUACAUCUCUGAAUUCUGAGUUUACAUUUCACAAUUCAGAUUUCUUUUGCUUCCGACAUGGAAAAAGGAAAUUAAAAAGGUAUUUUUAAAUUUUUAACUCACAGUUCAGAGGUUAUAUCGCGCUGAAUUGCGAGGAAAAACAAUCUAUAUUUUCAAAAAGUUUACAUUUCACAAGUCUGGCUUUUUUCACAGAAUUUUGAAACAAAAUGUUUUAAAUGUAAAACUGUUCUCAGAAUUUUGAGUUUAUAUUUCACAAUUCUGAAUUGCAGGAAAAAUUUGCAAUUACCUUUAUUUUUUUCAUUCCAUGGUGAAAAGAAAAAAACAGAAUUGCGAGAUUUUAGAAUUUAUAGAAACUUGCAAGAAAUAAACUCGCAAUUGUGAGGAAAAAAGUUUUAUUUUUUUAUUCCGUGGCAGAAAUAAGUUUCCAUCGUUUCCUCUUCCUUUCCUUGACUCUCUCCCUCUCUCUUCCCACACUUCCCACAAUCCCCGGCGACAGCGUAGCGUCCGUCUCGACGGAAGGGAAUCUUUGUAAACCUUCAGAAUGUCACAUGUGACCCUUGUAAAUACGCCCACAGGAUGUUUUUUAUAAGACGAUAUCAAAGCGAAUCGCGAGGCGGGUCUAUUUUUGUUAAAAACGAAGCGCGAGGAACUGGUUUGUAACGCGCCCGACUGGAUGUCUCAAUCUGAACAUUUUGCUUGAAUCAAGCUGGCGUGUUUUCGUCGUGUCACGUACCGGCUUCUCCAGCUCCGGUGUUCGGUGUCGUGUUGGGAGCUUUACCCAGAACUCUUGUCGUAGUAUAUCGUCUGCUUUUCUCAAUAGCACAGACCGAGAAUGCCAUGAUGAACUCAGGAUCAGAAUGUAUGAAUCCUAAAGGAAUCGCUCUCGUAUCUUUCCACAGACGAAGUGCCCUGUAAAGCAGCGAUCGACGCUAUUUCCGCGCAGCCGUGAUGAUGUAUUGAGCGCGUUCAACUCCAUUCGUGCGGUGACGUCUCGUUCUGUCGCAUGGAGACGUUGUGACGGGUUUGUUCUGUUCCCGCUUCUCAUUUCUGUUCCCUGUAUAACUUGAUGCACUUCAUUCUGCGCUAAUCGAUGCUGAUGUUAACCCACUGCUGACCAGAGAUGUAGCCUUUCUUGUUUUAUCUUUUUUUUUCUUUUUUUUUUUUUUUUUUUAUGAUUAUGGUCCAAUAGCAUUAUCUAUAGCCACUAAUAAACAAAAGUUCUAUCUUUA